UUGAGCCGUACAUCCACCUCGUCAUCAUGUCCCGUGCAGCAAAGGCCACUUUUGCAGCCACCGGCCUCGGCACAGCAAGCAUCAUUUGGUUCGUCCACUGGGCGCAAGAAGCGGAUAGGGCGGCUAUGCACAAAGGUGUCGAGCGAGAUAUGGAGAAACAACGGAUCCGGUUGGAACGUCAGGCCGAAUUUGAAAUGCAAAAGGCCCUCGAGCAGGAGUACCUCAAGCUUCAAACGGUACACAGUACGAACGACGAUUCCAGUACCACGAACAAAACCUCGAAUCCUGGGUCAUGA